AUCGCCACCACCAUCGCAGAGCCUCGCUAGCGCUCCUGUAACGGCCGCGCGCAAUCGGUGUUCACCAAGAUUUCCAUCUCCCGACCUAUGGAAAGAUAAGCAGCGUCGCCAAUAAAGCUGAGUUAGUUAAUCAUCGCAAGCUAAAAAUAAGAGAUGCCCUGGCUGGAGGGGCCGGCACGGUUCGCGCGGGCGUUCACGGUGAUAUCCGCAUGCUUGGCGAACGCGCGCCGCAACAAACAGGUCGGCCAUCAAGACCAUCGAGAGCACAGCGCACAACCUGCCCAAGUUCAAGCGACUAGAAACGAGACGCCGGCACAACCCCCGGAAGCACCACUCUUACGUAGCGAGGCUGUCCACGAAAGCCGAUGGGAUGAACUAAAGGCUAGAGGCGCUUUCAGCCCUACGGUUCACUAUCCAGUCACAGUUGCAGUUCUCAUCGUGGGAGCACAGGGCAUCGGAAAGAAGUCGCUACUCAGAAGGCUGCUCUAUGAUGACAUGGACGGCGGCUUGAAAAUGGAACAAGCGCUGUUCGACCAGGCAGACGAGAAUGCACACUUCUACUGCGACGGGCGCAUUUACGACGUACAUGUCCUCUUCGCUAGCGACAACAUUUUUUCUUAUGCCGGCCUUGUCGAACGCUUCGAUUAUUAUGGAGUCAUUGCGGCGUACGACGUACGAUCCUACGAGUCUUUCCUACAGGUCCCUCGACUUUGUGACGCUGUCUUACACGACUGCGGCUCAGGCGGUCCGCCUUGCCCCGUCAUGGUCGUGGGGCUUCACUCGGAUGCUCACGACGAGGAACGGGCUGUGUCAGGUGCGGAGGCGUUAAAGUUGGCGACGGACCGAGGCUUUACUUUUACAGAAUGCUCGGCUAAGACGGGCAAUGGCGUACACGAGACGUUCUCUCAUUUCAUCCAAGAGGCGCAGAAGUCCGGGAAAGAAGAGUCUGUGCUUUCCAAGUUGUAUGCGGCUGGCUGGUUCCGAACAGUCGCCGGGCUUGUGUGGUCAGCGUCUGGAGGAGAUAGGUCGAGUUAGCAUUGUCCGAAGCAGCCCCAUAAUUACAAGCGUUACACCCCGCUUCUCUGUUUUUUUUUCCCCUCUCGUAUUAGUACUACUUGGACGGUGAGCAAAGGCUAUAAUUUGAAGCUUUGACUAUCUCAUUGCUCUCUCG